GCUCAUUCGCUGCAAUAUUAACAAGAUCCACACAAAUGAAAGCGUCUUCCUACCCGCACGAGUUGUAGUUUACUUUUAGAACCCUUGCUGUUCCAAAAAAAUUUAAUCCAGCUAACUAAUAAUUUGUAUAAAAAAAGCUUGGAAAUGGAAAAGGCUGAUAACACCACUGAUUCAGAGGCUGCUGGUGAUGCGGAGAAAAAGCUCAGGAGAGUAGAAAGUUCCGAAGUCGGUGUGGAGACAGGGACAGAAGCGAUGGAGCCAGACCACGACAUUGCCGAGCUGACACGGGACAUGUUCACCAAGAUGACAGCCUACAUCAGAGGAGAUCUUGCUGCAACUGCAGAAGACUACAAACUCCUCGAAGACAUGAAUAGGUUGACCUCCAAGAAGUACGAGGACAUGAAACAGAUGGCUGUUGCGAUUGAACGAGACAUGAAGAACCUAGAUGAGAAGUACAAGAACCUGGAACCCUACUUGGCCCAGGUGGACCAAAUUGAAGAGAGUGUGCUGAGUCUGGAGCAGGCUGCGCUGAGAUUGGACGCCUAUGCCAGAAGACUAGAAGCUAAAUUUAAACACCUAGAGAAAAGAUGAGGUGAUUUCUCAACGUAGGUAUGCUACACGACCCAGGGACAUGAUUACUACAAGUUAACCUUGCCAACUCAAAGGACAGGACAAGAAUUCCUGAAAAAUUCCAACACAUCAAGUGUGUUGAUAUGCAUGAAGAAAUAACUCCUUACACCAUUUAUUUGUGAUUGAAAUAUAUGGGUUAUAAUCAGAAUUACUUUGUGGAGGAUGGAGAAAAAUAUGGAAGGUAAUGUGAUGUGUCAUGUGACCCACUGCUAUUUUUAUAUUUAAUAUUCAUAAAUAUCUCAGUCUCCCUAUUCAACAAUGUGCAACUUGACCAUGUAUUAACAUUUUGAUAAUGCCCGCUGCGUAAAUAAUGCGCCAGCAACUGGACACGAGACAGUUAAUCAAUUCUGAUUAGUAAACAGUCUGUCUGCACACAGCUCACCACAUGCGUGCUAAGUCCAUUUAAGGAGAUUCUUUUUUAGCAACUUGCACAAGGAAUAUACCAUAAAAUGGACAGGGUGUUCAGAAAAUACAAGUAGAAUUCUGGAACAAAGUCAUUGGAUAUCCAUCAUAUAUUGACUUCUUUUGUCUCUCUGACUAAAAGGGUAUUUAUGAAUAUGAAAAAAUAUGUGCUGAAACCAACGUUUAAGACCGGCCAAGCACAUUGUUAUUCCCUUAAUAAAAUUUACUUUAUUCUAACGUGGAAUUCGUUCACAAAAUGUGCAUUCUGGAUGAUCAUAGUUAUAAGUUUAACCUGAAAUUCUACAUGGGGUCAGUGUUAAUUUUACAAGACUGUUUUGAAAACUUUUCAGAACUGCAGUUUGUUCAGGCAAACAGGUGUGGUCCCAGCCAAAUGUUUUGAGGGAGGCGAAAACUUUUCAGAAACUGUUUUGCUCGUGUAGCCCAAACUUUCAAAGCCAAGUGUAAAUCACAAUGAAUCUGAUUGAAUUUUGCAUAAAGAUCAUGGUAAAUAACAUGAAGAAUAGUUGCUCUUCGAGGGACAUUGUACAUGUAGUCAGAUGUCAAGUUGGAAUAUUAUACUCGUCAAAGCAAAAAAUUCAAGCAUAUAGCCCACAGUAUCAUUAUAGUCAUGUUAGGAGUGACUGACCACAUUGUGUGAUUGUAAGUCAGUUUUAUGCGAAUGUAACUAAAUCAGUUGUCUGUGUUGUAAAUAAAAACUAUUGUAAAUAAAUGAACGCAAAGAAAAUCA